AUGGAAUCUGUACCUUACUCAAACAUAAUAGGAUCUGUGAUGUAUGGGAUGAUUGGUACUAGGCUAGACUUAUCCUUUGCUAUAUCUUUAUUAAGUAGAUUCAUGUCCAAUCCAGGAGCUGAACACUGGACAACCUUAAAAUGGGUAAUAAGAUACAUAAACAGUACUCAUGGUGUUGGGUUAGAAUAUUGCAAUAGAGGUGUUUCACUUGAUUUGGUUGGUUUUGUAGAUGCUGACUUUGUAGGUGACAAAGACAGUAGAAAGUCAACCACAUCUUACUACUUCACCCUUGGAGGCAACUGCAUAAGCUGGAAGACUCAGCUACAACCUAUUGUAACUCUCUCGUUGACUGAAGUUGAGUAUGUGGCAGUUGCCGAUGUGUUUAAAGAAGCAUUUUGGCUGAAGGGAAUUCUGUCUGAGGCAAGCUUGACUAAUGGGACAGUGAUUAUUUACUCAGACGGCCAAAGCACGAUUCACCUAAGUAAAAAUCCUGUUUAUCACGAAAGGACCAAACACAUGGAUGUGCGCUUCCAUUUUGUAAGAGAUCUGGUCAUGCAAGGAAUAAUUGAUUUGAAGAAGGUUAACACAGAAGACAACCCUGUAGACAUGGGCACUAAGAUAGUCACUCUUGCUAAGUUCAAGCGCUGCUUGAACUUACUAUUUAUAAAAUAG